ACCCAUUUCCGGACCCAGCUUUGUGCUGGGGGUUGUUGUCAUUCAAGGAUAUAUCUAUGGAGUUCACCUGGGAAGAAUGGCAGCUACUGGAUUCUACACAGAAGUACCUCUACAGGGAUGUGAUAUUAGAAAACUAUAACAAUCUGGUAGCAGUGGGGUAUCAUGGUACCAAACCUGACUUAAUCUUCAAGUUGGAGCAAGGAGAAGAGCCAUGGAUAAUAAAUGCCACAAUUUCCAGUCAGAACUGUCCAGAAGACUGGGAAGAAUGGUACCAGGAAAGUCAAGAUGAGUUUGAAAGUAUUGAGAGAAGCUUUGCUUAUAAUGUGUUCGGAAAACUUCAUCUGAGCAAAACCCAUGUUUCUUCAAAACAAAGACUCCAUAAGUAUAACACACAUGGAAGGAGUUUGACACAAAACUCAGGUUCAAGUAGAAGUUAUGCAAGAAAGAAUCCUGGUAAGUUUCAUGGUUAUGAAGAACCAUAUAUUCUUAAACAUCGAAGAACUCACAGCAUAGAGAAAAACUGUGUGUGUAGCGAAUGUGGAAAAGCUUUUCGUUGUAAAUCACAGCUCAUUGUACAUCUCAGAAUUCAUACAGGAGAGAGACCUUACGAGUGCACUAAAUGUGAAAGAGCUUUCAGUGCCAAGUCAAAUCUUAAUGCUCAUCAGAGAGUUCACACAGGAGAAAAACCCUACUCAUGUAGUGACUGUGAGAAAGUCUUCUCUUUCAGGUCACAGCUCAUCGUCCAUCAGGAAAUUCACACGGGAGGGAAACCCUAUGGUUGCAGUGAAUGUGGAAAAGCCUACAGUUGGAAAUCACAGCUUAUUUUACACCAGAGAAGUCAUACAGGAGUGAAACCCUAUGAAUGCAGUGAAUGUGGGAAAGCCUUUAGUUUGAAGUCACCGUUCAUUGUCCACCAAAGAACUCACACAGGAGUGAAACCCCAUAAAUGCAAUGAAUGUGGGAAAGCCUUUCGAAGUAAGUCCUAUCUCCUUGUUCACAUCAGAAUGCAUACAGGGGAGAAACCCUAUCAAUGCAGUGACUGUGGGAAAGCCUUCAAUAUGAAGACACAACUCAUUGUACAUCAGGGAGUUCACACAGGAAACAAUCCUUAUCAGUGCAGUGAAUGUGGGAAGUCCUUUGGCAGGAAGGAACAGCUCACUGCACAUCUGAGAGCUCACGCAGGAGAGAAACCCUAUGGAUGCAGCGAAUGUGGGAAGGCUUUCAGCAGCAAGUCAUACCUUGUUAUACAUAGGAGAACGCACACAGGAGAGAGACCUUAUGAAUGUAGUUUGUGUGAGAGAGCCUUUUGUGGGAAAUCACAGCUAAUUAUACAUCAGAGAACUCACUCAACAGAGAAACCCUAUGAGUGCAAUGAAUGUGAAAAAGCCUAUCCUAGGAAGGCAUCACUCCAGAUACACCAGAAAACUCAUUCAGGAGAAAAACCUUUUAAAUGCAGUGAGUGUGGGAAAGCCUUCACGCAAAAGUCAUCUCUUAGUGAACAUCAGAGAGUUCAUACAGGAGAGAAACCAUGGAAAUGCUCGGAAUGUGGGAAAUCUUUCUGUUGGAAUUCAGGGCUUCGUAUACAUCGGAAAACUCACAAAUGAAAAAUCAGAGUGAUGAGAUAAAUGUUACAAGCUUUCUUACAGAGGCUGAUGCUCAGGAGACUUUAGAUGAUAAUAUAGACAGGAUUUAUAAGCAAAAGGUCCUAAAACUACACUCAUGUCAAAAAAGUCACAUAGGAGAAAGACCAAUCAUAUUUGGAAUGAGUACACUAAGGCUUUCAGAAAUAAGUUGCAAGUCUUUGUAGACAAGAGAGUAAUUGAAGGAAUGAGGAACAGUAAAUAUACCAAAUAUAGUAGCAGCAUUAUGAAGAUUCAGAUAAUUCAUACUGAAAACACCUUAUAAAUUUAAUAAAUCAGGAAAGCAUAACAUGGAAAGUCACAUUCCAUAACUGAAGCUAUGUUUUUGUAAAAUAGAAUAGAGAAAAUCUCAAUUAUCAACAGACUUUUUAAUGGUACAGUAUAAAGUUUUUUGUUUUAACAUGUAAAUAAAAUCAUGGUCAGGAAAACUGCAAGGAGCAUAUUCUGAAAAUUAAGGGUUAUUUAGAGUGACUUCCCUGAUUAACACUGAAUAGCAUUUUUAAAAUUUGGGGUAUUUUAUUUUUUAAUGUAACUUGUAAUAUCUAUAUCUCUCUAUAUAUUUGAUAGUUUGUGAAAUAUGCCUCAGUAUUCUCCACAUUAAAUACUAAAUAUCAGCAUUGUCUCUUUAUUAGCAAUAUAGCUUAAAUAAUGUGACAUAAUAAAUGAAAGGAUAUAGUUCUCACUCCAGGUUUUCUUAUUCAGCUGUCUGCAUAAUCUGGCACUUAUUACAGGCUGCUGCUUAAGGGAACUCAUCAUAAUGAACAUUUAUUACAUUUUAGCAGUUCAGUGUCCUUUCUCCAUUGUUUGAUCUGAGCACCCUUGUUUUCUCUGGAGAAAUACCUCCCCUCUCUCGGGUGCUUCCUUGUGAUAGUGUCUUUUAGGUAUCCGUUCCACUAGUCACAGGUGAGCAUUAUACCCAUUGUUGGAUAAUGGUAACCUCUUUUUCAGGAUUUUGAGUCUAAUUCAGUCACACAUGAACCAAAAAGGAAAUGUGGGGAUUUAUUUAUUCCUGUCCUAGAAUUCUGUUGAGACCAUUCAUUAGUUCUGCUAAGUUGAUUCCCAGAAUAACUUUGGAUACUAUCCCAUUUUGAACCUGGUUCUCUGACCACCUGUGUGUUUCCUCUUAUCUUCUCAAUAAAAAAAAAAAAAGUCUA